AUGAAAAACUCUAAUUAUAUCCUUAACUUCAACUUGACCUUUGUCCAGUGGUUGUGCGUGUUCCACGGACGCAGAUGGGAGGGGUGUAAGUACCCUUCACAGGAUGCUGCUUCACAGGAUGCUACUUCAGAGGAUGCUACUUCAGAGGAUGCUACUUCAGAGGAUGCUACUUCAGAGGAUGCUACUUCAGAGGAUGCUACUUCAGAGGAUGCUACUUCAGAGGAUGCUACUUCAGAGGAUGCUACUUCAGAGGAUGCUACUUCAGAGGAUGCUACUUCAGAGGAUGCUACUUCAGAGGAUGCUACUUCACUGGAUGUUACUUCACAGGAUGCUACUUCAGAGGAUGCUACUUCACUGGAUGUUACUUCACAGGAUGCUGCUUCAGAGGAUGCUGCUUCAGAGGAUGCUACUUCAGAGGAUGCUACUUCACAGGAUGCUACUUCACAGGAUGCUACUUCAGAGGAUGCUACUUCACUGGAUGUUACUUCACUGGAUGUUACUUCACAGGAUGCUACUUCAGAGGAUGCUACUUCACAGGAUGCUACUUCACUGGAUGCUACUUCACAGGAUGCUACUUCACUGGAUGCUCCUUCACAGGAUGAUGCUACUUCACAGGAUGCUCCUUCACAGGAUGCUACUUCACAGGAUGCUACAUCACAGGAUGCUGCUUCACAGGAUGCUACUUCACAGGAUGCUACUUCACAGGAUGCUGCUUCACAGGAUGCUACAUCACAGGAUGCUACUUCACAGGAUGCUACUUCACAGGAUGCUACUUCACAGGAUGCUCCUUCACAGGAUGCUGCUUCACUGGAUGCUACUUCACAGGAUGUUCAGCAGCCUCCAGGGAAGUACUACUGA